AUGUUGGAUUUGGAAAUCAUUCCCGAGCGUUCUUUAGGCUGCGAUACAUGGGAAUUUGUUUUAGGCAUGCAUUUCUCUCAGUCGGUGGCCAUUAUACAGAGUCAAGUGGGCACAAUACGAGGAGUGCAAGUACUUUAUAGUGAUCAGAACCCGCUAUCGGUGGAUCUAGUAAUAAAUAUGCCCCAGGAUGGGGUGCGGUUAAUAUUUGACCCCGUCGCCCAACGGCUCAAGGUCAUAGAGAUCUACAAUAUGAAAUUAGUUAAACUUAGGUAUAGCGGCAUGUGCUUUAACUCGGCGGAGAUUACGCCAUCUAUCGAGCAGAUCGAGCACUGCUUCGGCGCGACGCAUCCCGGCCUCUACGACUCGCAACGCCAUCUCUUUGCGCUCAACUUUCGAGGACUAUCAUUCUACUUCCCUGUCGAUAGCAAAUUCGAGCCCGGCUACGCGCACGGCCUGGGCUCUCUUCAGUUCCCGAAUGGCGGAUCGCCCGUCGUAUCCCGAACUACCAUUUAUUAUGGAUCUCAACACCAGGUAAGCGGUUCAACCAACAACAGCGGCACUGUGUGCGCGACGCCGCUGCCUGAUUUGCCGCUAUCCUGCUACCGUCACCAACUGCACCUGCGGCGCUGCGAUGUCUUGCGCCAGCACCAUCGCACCGCCGGACUGAGGCUGCAUAUGUUCACAGAAGGCACGAGCAGAGCUCUUGAGCCGGUUCAAAUGAAUGUAUGCCGAGUAGUUCGCUUUGGGGAUACGUGCCAAUCAGUGGCACGUGCGCUUGGUGCCCCCCAGCGGCUUUAUUACAAAGCUGACGAUAAGAUGCGCAUCCAUCGUGCGUCUGCGCGCCGUCGCCCGCCACCAGCGUCCGAUUACUUCUUCAACUACUUUACGCUAGGAUUGGACGUUCUGUUCGAUGCGCGCACGCACGCCGUGAAGAAAUUCGUGCUGCACACGAACUACCCUGGGCAUUACAAUUUCAACAUGUACCAUCGCUGCGAGUUCGAGCUGCACGUCACGCCUGACAAAUGCGAGCCCAACUCCCUAGUGGACAGCCGCGGUGCUGUCCCCAUAACGGCGUACAGCAAGUGGGAGUCGGUGUCCCGCGCCCUGCGCGUUUGCGAAAGGCCCGUGGUCCUCAACAGAGCCUCUUCCACCAACACCACCAAUCCGUUCGGCUCUACCUUUUGCUACGGAUACCAGGAUAUUAUCUUCGAGGUGAUGUCGAACAACUACAUUGCCUCGAUCACGCUCUACCAGCCAGAGGGCUCGCGGCCCCACUACGCCGUGACCUCCAUUGCGUGACACACCCAGGUAUCUCCAAGUAAAGGCAAGUACGCGUCGUGAACUUCAAGUCUCCGAAAUUCCUCCACUAGUGUGGCGAUCUCAGGUAACAGUUCAUAAGUCCCGUCACACUUAUUGAAAAAAAAAAAACCGCCAGC